CUUUCCGCCCCCCCGGGAGAAGAGAGAACGAUGGAACGGGCCGAACUCAGACCUCUGACUCUGGGGGCGGGUGGUAGAGUCCUCAGGCUCCUCCCCCCAGGGCAGUGGAUGGUCUCGUCCGAAGCGAGCCAGCCAGCCCCCUGCCAGGUUGGUGGGAGCAGCCAGCGGUGGGGGGAUGAACUGCCGGGCCGAGGUCCUGGAAGUGUCCGUGGAGGGGCGGCAGGUGGAGGAGGCCCUGCUGGCCGUGCUGCACACCGUGCUUCUCCACCGAAGCACCGGCAAGUUCCAUUACAAGAAGGAGGGCACCUACUCCAUCGGCACCGUGGGCACCCAGGACAUCGACUGCGACUUCAUUGACUUCACCUACGUGCGGGUUUCCUCCGAUGAGCUGGACCGGGCCCUGAGGAAGGUGGUCGGCGAGUUCAAGGAUGCCCUUCGGAACUCCGGCGGUGACGGGCUAGGGCAGAUGUCCUUGGAGUUCUACCAGAAGAAGAAGUCCCGGUGGCCAUUUUCUGAUGAGUGCAUCCCGUGGGAGGUGUGGACGGUCAAGGUCCACGUGGUGGCCUUGGCCACAGAGCAGGAGCGGCAGAUCUGCCGAGAGAAGGUGGGGGAGAAGCUCUGCGAGAAGGUCGUCAACAUCGUGGAGGUGAUGAACCGGCACGAGUACCUGCCCAAGAUGCCCACACAGUCGGAGGUGGACAACGUCUUUGACACGGGGCUUCGGGAUGUGCAGCCCUACCUCUACAAGAUCUCCUUCCAGAUCACAGAUGCCUUGGGCACCUCGGUCACCACCACCGUGCGCAGGCUCAUCAAGGACACGCUGGCCCUCUAGCUGCACUAGCCUUCUGAGCGGCGCUGUGGGCCUCAUUGCGUUCUCGCUUUCCUUGGGGACUUGACUGGGCAGGGUGCCUGGAGUGGGAGCCCGCUCUGGGCUCCUGAGGGGUAUUUGGAAGGUGCGGUGACAAAAGUCUGGGCUUAUGGUACCUGGGCCGACCGGAGUCAGGCCUCCUGGCCAAGUUUUCUAGGAGUUACCCUGGUAUCCUCAGGCCCUUCUCAGCCUCCUCAGAUGAUUUCUUGAUUGAAGCCCCCCCACCCCCCUUUUAUUUUGGCUGACAGCAAAGGCUCCCUCCCAUCCCUUUCAAGCUGUUGAAGAUACCUUCAUCUUCAGGUCCUUGCUUAGGACCCCGUUGCCGUCUUUUCAGACCCUUGGUGUGGGAACCCCUUGCCCCUCUUCCUCCUCUUCUGUACAGAAAACACACUAAGGAAUAGUGAAUAAAAGUUGGAAAUGUGA